AUGGCUCAAAAUCAAUAUGCGGAAUUCGACCCCAACUCAGCGCCUCAAGUCGUGGUACACGAUGCCCCCGAGGUCAUACAGAUGGACAACCUAGGAACUGGCAACGACGGCGUCGUUGAACCGGCCCGGGACAAUUCAGUAGCCCAACCGCCCCAGGACAAUCCAGGAGCUUUAAAGGCUUUCUGCCAAAGUCUGGCCCGUCACAACAAGAUGCUAAUCUCCAUCGUCGCCUUACUACUGUUGGCCACUGUCCUUCCUGUCGUCAUUAUUAAGGCCAUUCUGAAGGCACAAUGGCCUCCGCCCAAUUCUCCGGGAAGCGAAGGCACGCCGACGACUUCCACACCCGAGAUUUCGUCCUCCAUCCCCCUCCCAACACCCUCCUCUACUCUCGCCCCAGCCCCUGAAUGCAACUCAUCCAAGUUCCUUCGCGACGUUAAUUGGAUAGGCAUCGACAACGGCGUCGGUUGGAACUUUACGUUGACGUCGGCCCAGAGCCCCCAGGACUGUUGCGCCGUUUGUCACCAGAGUGUUCCAGAGGGCUGCAACGGCUGGCUCUACGUCAAGACGAACACGAAUACCCCAGCAUGCAACAUCAUACCCGGCUUUCCUGGUCCAAAUAAAACCAAGUCUUGUCCUUCAGGACGACCAAAUCUCGUCUUCAGCAACAACGGAGAUUUGCCUCCCGGCCAAGGAGGACUAGGACCCUGUGCCGACGAGGUCCGCAACUGA